AUGGCGCUGCGCGAGUUCAAGGCCCCCGUCAGCUACGAGAAGCAGCAGCAUGCAUUCCAAGACUUCUUGACGGGCUACAAGACGUCGGCCGAGCAGACCAUCACAACAGCGCUUGGAAACAUCACAAUCGGCGAAGAUGACCUUGACGAUGAUUACGACCCUAUGGACGAGGACAAUCAGGAUGGAAACCGUGGUCAGGAUAAGGAGCGCCGGCGGACCCCUCACCACAAGUACAAGGAUAUGCUUCAGCAACUGGCAGACCGAGUAAUUGACGAAGCGACAAUCGAUCUUGAUGAUCUAGCAAUAUGGGAGAAUCAAGCAUUCGACAGUGACGACAGCUUGAGGCUUGUUGAGUCUAUCGAGAUGAACACAAAACACUACGUCGAGAUCGUCUCGAGAGCUGUGGAUGCGGUGAUGCCCCAGCCGAGCGUGGAUGUGACCUUCAAGGAUGAUGUCCUCGAUGUGUUGAUGGCGCGGCGGCAAGCCAGGAACCGAGAGCUCGACGAGGCUGCUGAGCGUGACCCUACAGUGGAAGGAGACAAGUUCCCUGCCGAACUCACCCGCAGGUAUACUCUUGUCUUCAAGCCCAGGUCAGGCACCUCAAGCAAGCCUGCAAAGGCAUUGGCCGUCCGGCAAGUGCGCGGCGAGCACCUGGGUCAUCUGAUCACUAUCCGCGCCAUCGCCACUCGAGUUUCCGACGUGAAGCCAAUUGUCCAAGUCAGCGCAUACACUUGCGAUAGAUGUGGUUGCGAGAUCUUCCAGCCCAUCACCGACAAGCAGUAUGGUCCUCUUACCAUGUGUCCUUCGGAAGACUGCAAGCAGAACCAGUCCAAAGGUCAACUCAACCCUUCCUCGAGGGCCUCGAAGUUCCUCCCCUUUCAGGAGGUCAAGGUUCAGGAGAUGGCAGAGCAAGUUCCUAUCGGUCAGAUUCCUCGAAGUCUUACCGUCUUUGCUUACGGCACACUUGUUCGACAAAUCAGCCCUGGUGAUGUUGUCGAUAUCUCGGGUAUUUUCUUGCCUACCCCUUAUACUGGCUUCAAGGCCAUGAAGGCUGGACUCCUCACCGACACAUACCUCGAGGCCCACCACAUUCUUCAGCACAAGAAGGCUUACAGUGAGAUGAUUGUCGAUCCUACGCUGGUCCGAAGAAUUGAAAAGUACCGCCAGACCGGCCAGGUGUAUGAACUUCUCGCCAAGUCGAUUGCUCCAGAGAUUUACGGUCACCUCGAUGUCAAGAAGGCUCUUCUCCUUCUCCUGAUCGGAGGUGUGACAAAAGAGAUGGGAGACGGUAUGAAGAUCCGUGGUGACAUCAACAUCUGCUUGAUGGGUGACCCCGGUGUGGCCAAGUCCCAGCUUCUCAAGUACAUCUCAAAGGUUGCUCCUCGAGGUGUCUACACGUCAGGACGUGGAAGCAGUGGUGUCGGUUUGACAGCCGCUGUGAUGCGAGACCCCGUCACUGAUGAGAUGGUCCUCGAAGGCGGUGCUCUCGUUCUUGCUGACAACGGUAUCUGCUGUAUCGAUGAAUUCGACAAGAUGGACGAGACCGACCGUACUGCCAUUCACGAAGUUAUGGAACAGCAGACCAUCUCCAUUUCCAAGGCUGGAAUUUCCACUACCCUCAACGCCCGUACCUCUAUCCUCGCCGCUGCUAACCCUGUCUACGGACGAUACAACCCUCGCAUCUCGCCUGUCGAGAACAUCAACCUCCCCGCCGCGCUCUUGUCUCGAUUCGAUAUCCUUUUCUUGCUUCUUGAUACCCCUACACGCGAGACGGAUGAGCAGCUCGCCAAGCACGUUGCCUUUGUGCACAUGAACAGCCGACACCCUGAUAUUGGUACCGACAAUGUGGUUUUCAGCCCUCACGAGGUGCGAUCAUACAUUGCUCAGGCUCGAACCUACCGACCCGUCGUCCCUGAGUCAGUGUCGGAGUACAUGAUCAAGACAUACGUCCGCAUGCGAGACCAGCAGCAGCGUGCUGAGAAGAAGGGCAAGCAGUUUACCCAUACAACUCCCCGUACUCUGCUCGGUGUUGUGCGUUUGGCCCAGGCCCUGGCGCGACUGCGUUUCAGCAACGAGACCACUCAGGAUGAUGUCGAUGAGGCGCUGCGACUUGUCGAGGCUAGCAAGGAGAGUCUGAAUAGUAAUCUAGGCUCUGGUCAAACGCAUCGCAGCGCCACCGACGAGAUCUUCAGGCAGGUCAAGACAUGGGCUGACAAUGGUGCCUGCCGUCCUGACGAUGUUGACAAUGACGGUCGCGGCGUUGAGCUAAGCAUGAGAAAGGUCAAGGAACGAAUUAUUGCCAAGGGUUUCACUGAAGAUCAGUGGCUCAACGCCCUGGAACAGUAUGCCAGUGUUGAUCUCUGGCAAACUACUGGCAGUGGCACGAGACUGGUGUUUGUCGCGGGUAACAAUGAUGUCCCGGAUGAUGAUAUGGACUUUUAA